ACCGAGGGGCGGGGCCGGUUUCCUUUGCGCGCCACCGCAGGCAGAAGCCCCACCGGUGUAGUCCGGACGCCCUCCGGUCCCCCGCUGGAUCUCGCCGCAGAGGGGGAGCCCGUCAGAGGCCGCGCCCGGCCAGACCUGAAGGCGCAGGACGCGAUGUGAUGGCGAGCGAGCCCGCCGCCGCCCCCGCCGCCCGGGGCACCCGCAGCAGCGCCCGCCUGACCUCGGGACCCUGGAAGCGCCCGGCCAGGGCCGCCGCCUGCGCCCCGCCCGGUCCCGGCGCUGCCCCGGCCGGCUGGCCUCGCUUCUGGGAGGGGCAGGACGUCCUGGCGCGCUGGACCGACGGGCUGCUCUACCUUGGCACCAUCAAGAAGGUGGACCCCCUCCGGCAGGUGUGCCUGGUGCAGUUCGAGGACGACUCCCAGUUCCUCGUGCUGUGGAAGGACAUCAAUCCAGCGGCCAUCCCAGGUGAGGAGCCCUCCUGCUGUGUCUGCCGCUCGGAGGCCUCCAGCCCUGAAAAUCGCCUGGUGAGGUGUGAGAAGUGCAGCCAUGCCUACCACCAGGAGUGCCACCUGCCCCGCGUGCUUGGCGAGGCUGCUUGGACAUGUCGGCAGUGCGUCUUUGCGGUGGCCACCAAGCGGGGUGGGGCCCUCAAGAAGGGGCCAUAUGCCAAAGCCAUGCUGGGCAUGAAGUUGGUGCUGCCUUACCAGCUGAAGGCGCUUGACUGGGACGCUGAGCACCUCACCAACCGGCAGCAAUGCUACUGCUACUGCGGAGGCCCCGGCGAGUGGAACCUCAAAAUGCUGCAGUGCUCCCGAUGCGGCCAGUGGUUCCACGAGGCCUGCACCCAGUGUCUGAGCAAGCCCCUCCUCUACGGGGACAGGUUCUACGUCUUUGAGUGCUGUGUCUGCACCCGAGGGCCCGAGAGCGUUCGGCGCCUGCCCCUGCGUUGGGUGGAUGUGGCCCACCUCAUCCUCUACCAUCUCAGCAUCUGCUGCAAGAAGAAAUACUUUGAUUUUGAGCGAGAAAUUCUGCCUUUUGCCAGCGAGAACUGGGACAGCCUCCUGCUGGGAGAGCUCUCUGAGACACCCAAAGGGGAACGGUACAGCCAGCUGCUGAGCGCCCUGACCAGCCACAAGGACAGAUUCAUCUCUGGGAAGGAGAUCAAGAAGCGCAAGGGCCUCUUCGGGCUGCACCUGCGUGUCCCACCUCCCGCCCCUCAGGCCCCAGAGAGUCCUGGGCCACCCCUCAUCUCUGGGAGCAGCUUGCUUUCAGGGCAGGGCAGGCGUGGGAAGGGGCUCGCGCGCAGGAGGGACAGGCGCCGUCAUCCAGGCCUGAGGGACCCGGCGGCAGCCGCCUCGCACAUGGAGCAACAGCGCAGCGCCAAGGAGAGGGAGCGGCUGGACAGGGCCCUCGCUCAGGAGGUGGUGCAGAGUCCAGUCAGCCCUAACCAGAGCUACGGCGGCUACGGCGGCACCUGCAGCACAUACAACUUCCGCCACACCGAUGCCCGCUGCCAGGACAGCGCCCCAAUCCGGAUGUUCGCCUCCUUCCAUCCCUCCGCCAACACCGCAGGGACCUUGAGCAGGAGCAGCGAGCCCCCCCUUGACCCUUGCGCUGCAGCCACCCCCGCCGCAGAGCAGCAGAGUCCGGAGCGGCCUGACCCCACGUUCUUGCCCUGCCCAGUGCCUCCCCCGAAACGCCAAGCCGUGUCCCCACCCCCUCCCCCGCCCCAAACAGUGCCCUCCGCCCUCUGCGCCCCGGCCAGCAGCAGCUAUUUUGGGGCAAUGGGCCGCCUGGCGCGGGGGGAGGCCGUUCGCAUCCUGGCGCGGCGCAUUACCACUGAUGGCACCGUCCAAUACCUGGUGGAAUGGGACGGGGGAGGCGUUUUCUAGCUCUGAGGCCAACAGACUCCCAGCUGAGCACGAACCCUGAUCUGGAACCACGCGGGCCCCCACUCUCUGCACGAGGGAGGGCAGCCAGGACCUGGGGAAGGGUCCCAGGCUGGAGGGCCCCGCCGCCUUCCUGCCCCCACUCCGCGCUCGCUACUGCUGCACCGCCACUGCCGCCCUGCCAGCCGCCCUCAUCCUCCUCUGGAGCGAAGCUUGAGUUUGGUUUAUUUUUUUACUGUUUCUUAGUCAAGUUUUAGGAGGCCUGAUGAGAGGGACAGGGCAUCGCUUCCCGGGGGCUGCCUUCCUCCUCCCCCCACUUCGCCAAUUUCAUUGAGGUUGCCGCCGCUCCCCCACCUGUUCCAAGCCAGAGGCCCAAUAAACAGCUUCAGUGAGAUUCGGCUGCCGCGAGUUAUUCUUGGGGGGCCCCGCCGGACUGCAGCUGCAGAGGGGAC